AUGCGGGAUGGUUUUUUCUCGGCAUUACCGCAACUUGGGUCACUAAUAUUUGUAUUAUCAACUGGUUAUGUAGCUGAUUAUAUUGUUCAUCGAGAAAUUGUGCGUGCCAUUACAGCACGAAAACUCUUUCAUGCAAUUGGUACAAUAUCACCAGCUAUUUGUUUAUUGAUAAUAUCAUUUUUAAAUUGUACACGACGAUAUUUAGCUGUUGGUCUUUUAACUGUCGGAGUUGCUCUCAGUAUUACGUUUUAG